AUGUCCUUGGCAGUAUUCUUUCAAUUUGUUAAAAACAAAUUUUUUAAUCUAGAUUGGGCUGAUCAUUUUUUUUCUAUGGAAGAAAUCAUUUUCAUUAGCGAUCUCAAGGAAGGUAUUUAUCCUAUUGGAGAAUUGAAAUCCGAAAUAAAUAGUUAAAUCACAUAAAUCAUUCAAUGUUGUCCUAACAAUUGUACUCUUGAGGAAUUGAUCGCUACUCUUACUAAAAUCUCAAAUCCAUAACAGUAAGAGGAAAACCAAGUGGUCUAACCAAAAAAGGACUAAUUUUUAUUCAGAAAAUGGUUUAAAAAACAAGAAUAAAAAAGUGAAGAUAUGUAAGAAUAAGUUAUUGCUCCUCAAGAACCUACUUAUAUGGCCUAGCUGCUAUUAUUAAAAUUGAUGUCCUAAGCAUCUGAAAAAGCCUUUUAAACUUUCAUUUCUAAGGUAAUUCAUUUUAUGGGAGGCUCUGGUUUAAUUUGGUAAAACAUAAGAAAAGCAUUUUGGCCGAGGGCACUUGGUUUUGAAUCAUUAGAAGCCCAAAGACAGAUUGUGUAAUUGACACUCGAAUUGUGUGAAUAUUUGAAUGCUUAAAAAGAGAAGGAUUUGAUUCAACUUGAAAAAGACUUAAUCAGAUAAAAGUACAGCAAAAGAACUCAAGAUGCAAUUAGGAGAACCAUACGAGGAUUUAUCAAUUAGUCUGUGUCAAAUUGCUAUAUAUAAGGGAUGGAUUCCAUUUCAUAUAUUCUCUUAGAAGCUUUUAAUUAUGAUUCAGAGCUUAGUACCAUAUGUUUGAAUGAGAUUUACAAAAAGAGAAUUGUUAACUUACCCUCUGGGGAGGAAUAAGUAGAAAUCAGUGAUUAUUUUGGAUAAAAGUUAUAAGAGAAGAUCCUGCUUUACAAUUGGACUCUUUAAUAUUUUGAUCCUGGUUUAACUGAUUUUAAAUGUGAAACUCAUAUUGUUUCAUGGUUCAGUACUUUCUAUGCCAGAGAGUUCAGCUUGGAAAAUGUUCUGAAGAUUUACGAUUAUUUCCUAAUUUCUGAUGAAUCAUUCGAAAUCCUAUUAGCAUGUUAAAUAAUGUUGGAACUCAAGUCCACCUUUGAAAUUAAAGACAGCGAAGGAAUGCUUAGUUGUUUGAAGAAUCUUUAGAAUAAUAUAUAGUUAGACAAUUGUUUGUAAAAUGCCCUAAGGUUUACAAGCUAAUUACAUAAAACAUUUUUCAUUCUCACUCAUCAAGAUGAAGAAAUUUGCAAUCAGAUGAAGGAAGAAAAUGAGUACUUAUAAGAACGACCAUGGGAACAUCCACUAACAUUUAAGUAGUUACAAGAGCAAUUGAUAUUUUCUAUUUCGAUUCAUGAUUUUCAACAAUUAUUGAGGGAACAAAAAUAAAACUUCAAUGUGCUAUCUUUGGAUAUGAGAAGUGCUAAGGAAUACGAAUAGGCUUGCAUUUCUGGUUCUUUGUUUGCAUUCUAUGACAAGAAGAAGAUCAAUAACAUUCAGUUAUUAAAUUAUUUCGAACUGAGAGGAUUAGUUGAAGAAUAGAGCAUUUAUUAUGUGGUUGCGAUUUGCGAUACAGAAAAGCAAAACGUGAACGAAAUCAUAGAUUAUUUGCUUAAAUAAAGAAUCAAACGUCUUGUUCUGUUAAAGGGGGGAAUUUAGGCUGCCCUGCUUGAUGCGUAGGACAUCAUUAAGUUUAAAUAGAAGGCAGUGUUGCCUCCAUGGAUAAAAGUGCAAAUUGAUGAAUUAAAGAAAAAAAAUAUGUAAUGA